AUGGGGCGAUUUUAUGCUGAGCGCCAUGCGCACAGCCUGCAGCCCAGCGCCCAGGCGAUCCUAGGCGAACAGGCCGAGGCCACACGCCUACUGAGCGGCAUGCAGGCAAAACUGCAGGAACAGGAGCGGCAACAGCGCAUCGCCAUCCCACUACCACUGCGAUCCACUGGGCACGCCAAUGGCCCUGACGGACCAGACCGGCCAGGUGGCCUGGGCCGCGAAGCUGGACCCCUGGGGCAAUGUGCUGCAGGAGCGAUCCGGCUGCCGGGGCAGCACCAUGACAGGGAAACGGGGCUGUAUUACAACCGGCAUCGGUAUUACGAUCCGGUGGUGGGGAUUUAUGCGAAUCAGGAUCCGAUCGGCGAAUGCUUUGCUGCAUGGAAUUCAAUUGAAGAAGUUGCCGAAAAAAAUCGCAUGUUUAUUGAUUUGGAUGGGAAUUCAGAAGAUCCUAGUUACGAAGAAAUAUUGGCUAAUGGAUGGGAUUUAUUUGUUUCUAGAAUAAUUGAGGGCCCUUGGUUUCAAAACACCAAGCCUAGAGACAUUGAACCAGAGAGCUUGAUGCAGUUGUUAAGUCCUUCUCCCGACGAAGUGAUGCAUAUGCACCCCAUGCUGUGCUUCCCCAUCGAAGGAAAGGGAGGGCAGACAUGGGGUGUAGUGGCCACCUUCGAUCCACAAAACAGGCUGAGUACUUUCAGCCUGGUGCAUUCUGGAGACUGGCGGGAAGCGGCGCCUAUUCCGCAACCUGAGCAAGCCAGUUCAGUGCCUGUUGAAACGUCUACACGCAGAUCAUUGACUUGCCGCUCUGGAGCAAGAACACCCGAAUCAGGUAUCUGGAAAGGGCGGCUACCGGCUGGCCAUCCCCAGGCUUCAAUGCUGGCAGAGGCACCGCACAGGUUUGUAUUCAAGCGUGCUGGUGAUGCAAUGGCUGACUUGGGUCUUGCCCCGUUUGAUGAAGCAACGGUGGUUUGGACUUGGCUACGAGCCUAG